AUACGGAAACUGGGCGACGCUUUACCAGGGAUAAGAAUUUACUUGGUUGGAUAUAUCUAAAGGCUUGAUAGUUUAGAGAAGCGAGAAGAAAAAAAACUUGGGUGGGUGAGAAAUCCGACAUCAAGCCAGUGACUUCCCUUGUAAAGUAGCCAAGCUUCCAGAAAAUAGAAAUCGGAACAGAUAUAGAGAUGUCAGUCCAUUUGAUCACAGUCGAAUUAAGCUACAGCAAGGUGAUAAUGACUAUGUCAAUGCAAGCUUGAUUAAAAUGGAAGAGGCUCAAAGGAGCUACAUUCUAACUCAGGGUCCUCUUCCGAAUACUUGUGGUCAUUUCUGGGAAAUGGUUUGGGAGCAGAAGUCUAGGGGUGUUGUCAUGCUCAACAGAGUAAUUGAAAAGGGAUCAGUAAAAUGUGCACGGUAUUGGCCAAGUAAAGAAGAAGUGGACAUGAUAUUCGCAGACACAAAAUUCAAACUAGCAUUGAUCUCUGAAGAUGUAAAAUCAUACUAUACAGUACGGCAAUUGGAAGUGGAAAACCUUGUGACCAAAGAAACCAGGGAAAUUUUGCACUUUCAUUAUACCACAUGGCCUGAUUUUGGAGUUCCAGAAUCUCCUGCUUCAUUCCUUAACUUUCUGUUCAAAGUGAGGGAAUCUGGCUCUCUGAAUCCUGAGUACGGACCUAUUAUGGUUCACUGCAGUGCGGGGAUAGGACGAUCUGGCACUUUUUCUCUGGUUGAUACAUGCCUCCUCCUGAUGGACAAGCGGAAAGAUCCUUUGUCUGUGAAUAUUAAACAAGUUUUAUUAGAAAUGAGGAAAUAUCGUAUGGGCCUCAUUCAAACAGCUGAUCAAAUGCGUUUCUCCUAUAUGGCAAUUAUUGAAGGGGCAAAAUUCAUUAUGGGAGACUCCUCUGUACAAGAACAAUGGAAAGAGUUGUCCAAUGAAGAUCUUGACCCACCUCCAGAGCAUAGUCCUCCACCUCCACGUCCUCCAAAAAGGGCGACUGAAACACCCAAUGGAAAAACACCAGCUCACAGGAUAUGCUUUACAGACCCAGAUGAGAGAACGUGUAAAGAAAACAUGGAAGAAAUCCAUGAUGGCAUGAUGAACCAACUUACCAGGUCAAGAUCGGAAAGUUCAGAACCCGAACUUCGGAAGAGGCAUAUUGGAGAAAGUGCAGCUAUGCCCACACAGACAAGAGAGCAGAUGAAUUCAGGAAGAAAAGAGGAUGAGGAGGUGGAGGAGGAGAAAAGUCCUUGGUUACAUUGGAAACCUUUUGUGGUUAAUGUAUGUGUGGUGACUGCUCUUGCAGCUGGGGCUUACCUCUGUUACAAGGCAUGCUUCCAUUGACAAAUACCCUAGAGGAUAAUGUAUGUAUUAUACAGUAUAGUAAAACAAAAUAUUUGAUGUUUUUAAAAGCUGGAGGGUCCAUGUCUUAAGAAGCAAACCUAGUUUCUGAGGCUGGAGUUUGGUUGUGAUUAUGGAGAUAUGAUGAUGAUGAUGCACUAUGGUUUGUUGUAGUUCCAUGGUCCCAAGAGCAUAACAUUCAAAUCUCAGGGCCUUGAAUAUUCAGGAGAAAGCAGUAAAAAUGCCAAAUAGCUCUUUUUUUUUUGUGUGUGUAUGUGUGCGCGCGUGUGCCAGGGUAGGGAAGGGAGGGUGUUGUCCAUUGCAUUCUUUUAAUGUUGAAAAAUUAACUGUGUUCAGAAAAAUACAUGCCCUGUAACCCUAGCAAACUUAAUUCAUAAUUACUUUGUUAAUGUAAAUUAUGCCAUUUUUUCAUCCUAAUGAAAAAUGCCCAAUAUAUUAUUCUUUAGAAACAAAAUGUAGCAUUUAUGUUAAACUUGUGCUUUAUUGCCAACACCUUCCAAUAGUCAAAAAUGUCUUUUCUAACAACAUUUGGGCUGCAUCUGCGGUGAAAUUGCAUUAAUCUUAGCAAAGCUUUGGCUUUACAUUGUCGCUUUUAUUAAAAAAAGGUCUGCUAAGAGGCUUCCACUGCUGCUCAGGGUAUCCCAGCAAAAUAGACCUCUUCAACUGUGUCUGUUAAACAUUUUGCAUUACACAUGUGCUUGCAUUCUUGCACAAACCAUCUGAAAGCAAAGUGAAUUAACUGGCUUUUAGCCUUUUCCUAUUUAGUGACCAUAUAAUGGGGUAGAGGUAAUACAACAAAUGCAGAACACUUCCACCAGCAUUUUUUACAGCUGUACCACAUUUAAAACUUAAACUGUUACACCUACAACUGAACACCUUUCACUCCAUAUUUAUUUGUAACUGUAGUCAAUUUUUUUAGCCACCAAUGUAUUAAAAAUAUAGCAUUUUUCAUCAGAGCUCAUAGCAAAGUAAAAUAAAAUACCUCAUGCCAGUACUGGAAGCUGACCACCACCUGUCCUGUAAAGCAUAGGGUACCAGUACUUAAACUGAGGGAAAAUUGUAAGUAGUCAGUAUAUAGUUUUGUUGUCUUAAAAUGAAAAGAAUUGACGUUUUUGGAUCAUGUAUAUCAAAAUACAGGGAUGCUAAUAAUAUAUGAUAGGAAAUAAGCGUGUAAGCUAUAGAAUUGCUUUGUUGAAUGAUCGUCAAUGGCCUGGAUGUAUAUUGUAUCCUGGCAGUUGUACAUUGAAUACCAGUGUAGUAGAAUGCAUGCAGACUCCAUUAGCAUCAUUAAAUAUGAAAUUGCUUGGAAGAUGAAAGAUAUAUAUCUUAAUUGCUACUGUGAACAUGUGUUGCAAAUGUUGAAAAUAAUUGCAUGAUUGUUCUGGUCGGUGAUAGUGGCAGUGGUUAUGAGACAGACACUGAAAAAUUAACCCUUCAGUGGUUGAUUUCCAUGAUAGGUGUUUAUAUAAAAGCUAGCAUACUUGUGUUUCAAUCUAUUAUUGUGUGUGUGUGUGUGUGUGUGUGUGUGU